AUGGCGACCUCUAUCCGCCCCAGUUACCACCCAAAAUUGUUGACUGAUGAAGAACACAAGGCACUUGACGGUUUCUUCUCCGAGCCUGUAACGGGUUACUUUGCCAACGAGCGAUCAGCCUUCAACGAGAAAACAAACGUGUACCAUGAUCAACGCUGGGCAGGUUCCGUAGCCUCACCCGCACUCCAUCGGGCUACUACUCCCCUGACCCAACAGCCACCUUGUGAAUACAUCGAUGGUGUACCAUUGGACUGGUCUGGCCACGGCACUUCUCACGUUGAUUACAACAAGUCUGAUGUACUUCCUCUCACACAAGGCAAAUUUCUCGGGCAUGGCUUGCACGGCGGAGUGUACGAAACCAGCUGUAAUGGUGUCAAGCUCGCGUGGAAGCGCAAAUACUGUCGUCGAAAGAUAGGCGAAAGAGAAAGACGAGAGAUUCAGGUCAUCAAGAAACUCUCGCAUCGUCAUAUCAUUCGGCUGAUGGGAACCUACACGCACGGCCCGUUUCUUGGAUUAUUGUUGUGGCCAGUCGCAACUUGUGACCUCGCCAGCUUUCUCGAAGACAUCGAUUGGCUGCAGAAGCGGGUUCAGUUGGAAGAAGGAAUGCCUCUCGAGUUGUCAGAGGACUGGAUGGAACAAACAGAGGAACGAGAGGCAAGGCUUCAAGCACUUGGAAUUCUAUUCGGAGGCGUAGCAACAUCGGCCCGUGACUCAGCGGUAGAUUUUCUCAGGAGGACGAUUGGCUGCAUAUCCAGCGCAGUGGCAUAUCUCCAUCAAUCCGACAUCAAACAUAAAGACCUGAAGCCGUCUAAUAUCUUGCUUUCAAAGGACGGGCUAUGGCUGACGGACUUUGGUACGGCAACAGACUUCUCGAUACUAAGUUCCAGUGUUACGGACAACGGCGAACGAGGCACGCCAAAAUAUUUCGCGCCAGAAGUUGCGAGUUUCGAACCAAGCGGACGUGCCGCAGAUAUAUUCUCGAUGGGUUGUAUCUUCUUCGAGAUCAUGAUACUCUGUAUUGGGCAUACUCUAGAGCUUAGCACGGAGCUGAGGCAAUCGAACGACAAAUCCUUCCAGUCGAAUUUGGCAAGGGUGGAAUUUUGGUUUUUUGAAGAGAAUCGUUCAGAACCCGAUCCAACGGUAAACAUUGACGAGUAUCUUCUAGGCCUGGUGAGAUCGAUGCUGCGCGCAGAGGCAGACCAGCGCCCAACCGCUGGUAUGGUGGAGUCGGAGAUUGCCAUGAUAACUCAACUGUGCUCUGCGUAUCGUUCGAUGCACUUUUUACCUCACGGGCCAGGCGUCUAUCGACAUUGUUGCCAUCAAGAGGUGAUCUGCAACCAGGAAAAAGAGAUUCAGCCAACACCAGACGCGGAAUUCAUUACGAAGAUUACGGCUGGAAGAACGUUCCUUGAGCACGGUUGGUCAUCCUACAUCGAAUCUGUUACCGGAGAUCUCAUUGAGACUGUCCAUAUGUUCGCCGUGAGUACUUCUGUGACUCCUUUUUUGCAAGGAAACAUAUUGAGCCCAUGCUAUUAG